AGAUAGUGGGCUUGCUUCUUGGUAAAGUUUAAGACUUUUGGGGAUUUUCCAAAUCCCUAGAACCUACAUUUCUUUUUGUUUUGGCUAAAAAGGAAUAACAAUUCAUCUAAGUUAUUCCGUGCUUUAUUACUUUUCAUUCCUUAUUCUUUCUCACAUGUCAUAAACAGAACACACAAGUGUGUAGAAUUUCAGUGAUCAAAAGAUGGAGCGCUAUGAGGUUGUCAAAGAUAUUGGUUCUGGGAAUUUUGCUGUUGCAAAGCUAGUUAGAGACAUCUUCACCAAAGAGCUUUUUGCUGUUAAGUUUAUUGAAAGAGGCCAAAAGAUUGACGAGCAUGUCCAGAGGGAAAUCAUGAAUCAUAGAUCAUUGAAGCAUCCUAAUAUUGUUAGAUUUAAAGAGGUCCUGCUAACACCAACACAUCUAGCCAUAGUAAUGGAGUAUGCUGCUGGAGGAGAACUCUUUGAGCGGAUAUGCAGUGCUGGUAGAUUUAGUGAAGAUGAGGCAAGGUUUUUCUUUCAGCAAUUGAUAUCAGGAGUCAGUUACUGUCAUUCAAUGCAAAUCUGCCAUAGAGAUUUGAAGCUUGAAAACACACUCCUAGAUGGAAGCACUGCACCACGAGUCAAAAUUUGUGACUUUGGUUACUCAAAGUCAUCUGUGUUGCAUUCACAACCGAAGUCGACUGUAGGAACUCCCGCUUACAUUGCACCUGAAGUUCUGACGAAGAGAGAAUAUGAUGGAAAGAUUGCAGAUGUUUGGUCUUGCGGAGUCACUUUAUACGUGAUGUUAGUCGGCGCAUAUCCUUUUGAAGACCCUGAGGAUCCAAGAAACUUUAGGAAAACAAUUGGUAAGAUACUUAGUGUCCAGUACAAAGUCCCUGAUUUCGUACGAGUUUCAUCGGAAUGUAUACAUCUUAUAUCUCAAAUAUUUGUGGCCAAUCCUGAAAAGAGAAUAACAAUACCAGAAAUCAAAAACCAUCCAUGGUUUUUGAAGAACUUGCCAGUAGAAUUAAUGGAAGGUGGAAGCUGGCAAACAAAUGAUGUAAAUAAUCCAUCACAAAGUGUUGAUGAAGUCCUGUCCAUUAUACAAGAGGCAAGAAAACCUCUUAACAUCCCAAAAAUUGGUGGACUUCUUAGUGGAAGCAACAUGGACCUAGAUGAUUUUGAUGCUGACAUAGAUCUUGAAGAUAUAGACACAUUUGGUGAUUUCGUUUGCCCUCCUCUUUAAGUGUGUAUUCAUGAACAAAAAUGUGCUAAACCUAUGUAGCACCGACACAUCAAAUUAAAGACACGUCCAAUGUCUGACACCACAUUGUUGCACGUGGUUACGCUUACUUAGUUUUAUUUCUCAAAUUAUUGUCGGUGUCAACAUGUUAGUCUUAGUGUCGUGGGCAUGAUUGUCAAGCUGGAAGCAUAAGAAGUUGUCUAUUGGAGGUCGGGUGGUUGUAAUUGUUGUGGUUGAUUGCAAUGUAAGUCUCACUUUGCUAAUGAAGGAAAAAAAGGUCAAGAAAAUUAUAGUGGAGAAGUCCCACAUCGCUUAGAGAAGUGAAGUAAGGGGGAGCUCAAGGCUAUAUAUAGAAACCUCAAGUUCCUUGUUUCAAUGCACCAGUUAGUAACACUAUAAGCUUAUAUCUGAU